CCGAACCCCGGCGGGGGGCGGGGGCGGCCGGGCGGCGGUCGGCAGAUGACCGCCGGGUGCCAGUCGACCGCCGGGUUCGGUGGCAGAGCCAGUCAUGGGGCCCGCACUGAGCUCGGUCGGAGGAGCGCUCCUGCUGCUGCUGGUGACAGCUGUAAGACAGACAUACGCAGGGAGUCGUGUGGACUGCGACGCGCUCAAGGAUGAGUUCUGUUCGUCUGACAACUGCCAACUGCACCCGACUGUGGCGGACGCCUGCUGCGACUGUCAUAAGCUCUGCUGCUCUGACAGGGAAGCGCGUCCGACAGACCCCCGCUCGGUACGUCCGCCGCCGGGCGGCUGUAUCGACGAGGCGGGCACGGCUCGGAAGCACGGAGAGCGGUGGCAGGACAACACCGACCAUCCGUGCGCCUGGCUCAGCUGCGACGACGGCCGCAUCAGCGUCGACCUGAACAUCUCACACGUCUGCAAGGGGCAGCCGGAGGGCUUUGACUGUGUCGCCUCGCGGAAACCAGGCCACUGCUGCUUCGAGUACUUCUGUAACCAGACGACGACACACUCCUACUGGGGAUCGGGACCGCCGCCGCCGGAGUCACCGCGGUUCUUUGCGCCGUGUCUGGACGCCGACGGUCAGAAGCACUCUCAUGGCACUCAGUGGACCAGUGAGGACGGCUGCAAGGGCUACAGCUGCGCCAAUGGCAAGGUCACAGAGGUGCCCAUCGUGUGCCUGGAGGUGGCGCCGCACGCCAACUGCGUGCCCGUGCCCGCGUCCGGCCACUGCUGCCCCGAGUUCGUCUGUCCGCCCACACUGAACGACUGUGUAACCGAGACAGGCGAAAUUUACGAAGACGGCGCCGUGUGGGCGGGUGCCCAGGAGUGCAUCAUCCUCCAGUGUAGCGCCGGGAUCAUCGAGAAGUUCCCCGUCAGCUGUCCGCCGCCUCCGUCCGACCCCACGUGCCAGCGCAUCGACGCGCCGCAGCUCUGCUGUCCCUUCUACGCCUGUCCAACCGACGGCCGCUGCACCGACUCAUCGGGGGUGGUCCGGCCGGACGGCGCACACUGGAGCUCACCGAAUGGCUGUACCCACUACGACUGCAUGUCGGGUAUGAUCGCCACGGGCACGGUCACCUGUGAGCCGCUACCUCUCGGAGGGAUCUGUUACGAGGUGCCCCCGCCACCGGGACAGUGCUGCCCCUCGUACCGCUGCGAUAUUGACGGCGGUGGCGACGGAGGUGGCGACGAUGGAGGCGACGACGGUGGUGACGGGGGAGGAGCAGGAAACGACGCCGGCAGCGACAAUCAAGACUGUGUAGACGAGGACGGCGUGCUCCGCCAGCACGGCGACCACUGGGCGACAGCCAACAACUGCACGCGCUACACGUGCCACCAGGGCGUGGUGCUGGGCGUGUCGGCCGUGUGCCUGCCUCCACCGCCCGGCUCCGCCUGCGUGCCAGAGACUGUGCCCGGCUUCUGCUGCCAGCUGUACCGGUGUGCCGUGGUGCCGCCCGAUGGAGCAUGUCGAGACGAGAACGGAGUGCUGCGACCGAACGGCUCUCACUGGACCAGCGAGGACAACUGUCUUCAGUUCACCUGUGCCAGCGGACAAGUGCUCGGCCUCACCGAACUUUGUGUGCACGUGUUUUUGCCCGGCUGUGUGCCGCAAACGGUACCUGGCCAGUGCUGUCCAGACUACAACUGCACCUCCAUCGGUCCCAGAGACUGUGUGAGACCGGACGGCAGUGUCCUGCCGCACGGUUCCCACGUAAUCGACGAGAACAGGUGUCUCGUGAUCAGCUGCACGAACGGGACACUCGGAGAGAUCGUCGUGGAGUGCCCGCUGCCUCCGCGCCCCGGCUGUGUCCCCGUCGAGCAGCCAAACAGCUGCUGUCCAACCUUCUUUUGUCCGGAGCCUGGACAAGACUGCGUGGACCCCAACGGCGUCCCACUGGUGCACAACUCGAGUCGCAUCAGUGCGGAUGGCUGCACCAUCUACACUUGCUUCGACGGAGAGCUGUCGGUGACCUUCGAGGAAUGCAUCGAACCCUACCCACCAGGCAACUGCCUGCCCGUGUUCACUCCCGGAGUGUGCUGUCCCUCCUUCAACUGCUCCGGCCCAGCAGACUGCGAGGAUCCGAACGGCCAGAUCCGCCCACACAACUCGAACUGGACGAGCGCCGACGGCUGUACCAUCUACAAGUGCUUCGACGGCGUCAUCAGCAGCAGUAACGUUGUUUGCGACGUCAUCGCGAGCCCCUCACCCGACUGUGUGUCUGUGAACAUUCCGGGCCAGUGCUGCCCCGUCUACGACUGCCCACAUUACGGAACUCGAGACUGUACGGACCCAUCCGGCGCCCUGCGCGCCCACAACUCUAGCUGGAGCAGUGCCGACGGCUGCACCAUCUACACGUGCAGCGACGGCGCCAUCUCCAGCACCACCAUCAAGUGUCCAGAGCCGGCCAGCUACCUCUGCGUGCCCGUUAACGCUCCGGGACAGUGCUGCCCGACUUUCGUCUGCCCCAACGACGACGCCCCACAAGACUGUACGGACUCGACUGGCACAGUCCGUCCGCACAACUCGAGCUGGACAAGCGCCGACAGCUGCACCGUCUACCGCUGUUUUAACGGCACCAUCACCGGCACGUCCAUCCGCUGCGUGGUGCCUCCGCACUUCACACCGGACUGUCUGCCCGUGUAUACUCUGGGACAGUGCUGUCCCGACUUCCAGUGUCCCACCAGCGACGAAGGACAAGGCUGUCUGACUCCGGACGGCCAGCCGGUGGCCCACAACACCACCAUGGUCAGCGAGGACGGCUGCAUCACCUACCACUGUCAGAGCGGCUUCCUGGCGGCCUCCACCAUCGACUGCGCCCGGCCACCCACCGACCCCGACUGCGUCCCCGUGAGGACGCCCGGCCAGUGCUGCCCCUUCUACGAGUGUCCCGACACGCCAAACCAAGACUGCACGGACUCGACUGGCACAGUCCGUCCGCACAACUCGAGCUGGACAAGCGCCGACAGCUGCACCGUCUACCGCUGUUUUAACGGCACCAUCACCGGCACGUCCAUCCGCUGCGUGGUGCCUCCGGACUUCACACCGGACUGUCUGCCCGUGUAUACUCCGGGACAGUGCUGUCCAGACUUCGAGUGUCCCACCAGCGGCGACGGACAAGGCUGUCUGACUCCCGACGGCCGUCCGGUGGCCCACAACACCACCAUGGUCAGCGAGGACGGCUGCAUCACCUACCACUGUCAGAGCGGCUUCCUGGCGGCCUCCACCAUCGACUGCGCCCGGCCCCCCACCGACCCCGACUGCGUCCCCGUGAGGACUCCCGGCCAGUGCUGCCCCUUCUACGAGUGUCCCGACACACCAAACCAAGACUGCACGGACUCAACUGGCACAGUACGUCCGCACAACUCGAGCUGGACAAGCGCCGACAGUUGCACCGUCUACCGCUGUUUCGACGGCACCAUCACCGGCACGUCCAUCCGCUGCGUGAAGCCACCGGACUUCACACCGGACUGUCUGCCCGUGUAUACUCCGGGACAGUGCUGUCCCGACUUCCAGUGUCCCACCAGCGACGACGGACAAGGCUGUCUGACUCCGGACGGCCGGCCGGUGGCCCACAACACCACCAUGGUCAGCGAGGACGGCUGCAUCACCUACCACUGUCAGAGCGGCUUCCUGGCGGCCUCCACCAUCGACUGCGCCCGGCCGCCCACCGACCCCGCCUGUGUCCCCGUGAGGACGCCCGGCCAGUGCUGCCCCUUCUACGAGUGUCCCGACACACCAAACCAAGGUUGCGUGGACGCCACUGGUCAGCUGCGACCCGACGGCUCUCACUGGGCCAGCACCAACAACUGCACACGCUACAUGUGCGAGGACAGCCAGGUGCGGGGCAUCUCGUUCGUAUGCGUGCCGCCGCCGCCAUCCUACGGCGGGUGUUCAGAGUUCAACCAGCCGGGCCGGUGCUGUCCGCGCUACAUCUGCGACACUCCGCCGGCAGCUGGAGCGUGUCGAGACGUGGACGGAGUGCUGCGACCGAACGGCUCUCACUGGACCAGCGAGGACAACUGUCUUCACUUCACCUGUGAGAACGGACAAGUGCUCGGCCUCACCACCCUAUGUGUGCACUUGUUUUUGCCCGGCUGUGUGCCGCAAACGGUGCCUGGCCAGUGCUGUCCAGACUACAACUGCACGUCUACGGGCCAAAGAGACUGUGUCGAAACUGACGGCAGUGUCCAGCCGCACGGAACCGACGUCUUCGAUGAGACCGGGUGCAUCGUAACCAGCUGUAGAGACGGAACGCUCCACGUGGCCAUCGUGGACUGUCCGCCGACUCCGCCGCCCGGCUGUGUGCCGAUAGCAGUGCCCGGCCAGUGCUGUCCGGACUACAACUGCACCUCGACACCGCCCACCGGCCAAGCGUGUACGGAUCAGAACGGCAACACCCGGCCGCACAACUCCAACUGGACCACACCAGACGGCUGCGUGAGGCACUGCUCGAACGGCGUCAUCUUCGUCAUUGACGUGGAGUGCUCGGAGCCGCCGCGGGCCGACUGCGUGGCCAUCCAGGAGCCGGAUCGCUGUUGUCCCACCUACAAGUGCCCCUCCAGCGAUACCGGCUGUGUCGACGAGGGCCGUUAUUACCAGCACGGUCAGACCUGGCUCCGGGCCAACGACUGCUACUACCGCCACCGCUGCGACUACGGAGUCGUCACCAAGACUGAACUCGUGUGCCAGCCGCCGGCCUCGUCAGACUGCCAGGUUGUUACGGUUCCGGGCCUCUGCUGCCCUGUCUACGACUGCAGCUCUUCGACGUCCACGACAGCGUCAACGACGACCCCAUUGUCGACAACGACGACGACCAUAACGACAACAACUUCAGCGACGACGACGACUACUCAGGCUUCCACGACGACAGUGACAACUGCGGGGACGUCCCCAGUAACGCCGACGACGCAGCCGACAGCAGAAGUUUGCGAGGACGAGUACGGCCAAGUGCGACCUCCGGGGUCUUUCUGGACCAGCGCUGACGGCUGCACCAACCACGCCUGUGCCGACGGAGUCGUCUUUAGCGUGCGAGAGCCGUGCCCCUCGCCCCCGGAGGACCCCAGCUGUAUCGAGGUACCCGGUGUCUGCUGCCCGCGCUACCAGUGCGCCGAUCAGAAACCCGACCCCGGUUGCACGGACCCAAGCGGCGUCACCCACCCGGUGAACCAGCUGUAUCUGGACGACCCCAUCAGACCCACGACCUGCUACGUGUGCGCGUCCGGCAGCCCGCCGUAUCCCAUCCACGUGCUGGAUGUGGCCACUGACUGUCCGCGAGCACCUGCCGGCUGCACGGAGCACUUCCCACCCAACCGGUGCUGCCCGGAGAUCACAUGUCCAGGCGGCGUACCGUGCAUCUUCGAGGGCGUAGCACACGCGCCGGGCGAGGAGUGGACCACGGAUCCUCCGUGCGCCUCCUACGUGUGCGUGCUGGGUGUGUCAGUACAGACGAACCGCACCGUGUGCCGACCGUUCCCGACCACCAUCUGCAGCGCGCGCCACAUCCCCGGACAGUGCUGUCCGGUGCCCGACUGUCCAGCAGACUCGUGUACGUACGCCGGUCAGCAGCAUGAGCACGCGACCACGUGGCCGCUGGACCCGCUGCGCCCCUGCACGCUGCUCUCCUGCCUGAACGGCACGGUGAUCUCCAACGACGUGUCCGACAGCUGCCCGCCGCCGCCGCCCGACUCGGCAGGCUGCACGGCCAGUACCGUGCCCUACCGCUGCUGUCCCGUCUACGACUGCGUCCACGUGACAUGCCAGUACAACGACACCACGUACGGCGAGGGCCAGGAGUGGCUGGACGAUACCACCUUCCCGUGCAAAAAGUUCAACUGCACGCGCGCCGGAGUGAAUACGGUCGAGGACUACGGCAGGGAGUGUCGGCCACAGCCGGACGGCCCGUGCACCGGCACUCGUCUGCCCGGCACGUGCUGUAAACAGUGGCUAUGCCCCCACUGUGAGGUAGGCGGACAGCAGUACCCGCACGGCUCCACGUGGUGGGAGGACGAGAAGCGACACUGCACCCAGAUGCACUGCAACUCGGGCGUCCUGGAGCUCAUCGAGCAGCACACCGAAUGCCCCCCGGUACCCAACGGAUGCACGCCGCUCUACCGUAACAACGAGUGCUGCCACUACCAGUACACGUGCCCAGAGUGCAGAUACGACCCCUACGGCAACCCGAUCAAGUCGCUCGACAACUUCCUGCGUCGUAAACGCAGGAGUGUCGCGAGACGCAGGCGGGAGCGGCUGGCGCAAGCGCGCGUCAGCAAAUGACCUGUGCGAGAUGUGUGAUUGUGGCAGUAGUCAUAAAAUGAUUUAGCUUGUGUGAUUAGGGCACAAUGAAGAGGCUGUCUCAGAAAUACUGAAUACAUGGUUUAAUGCUCUGGGACAGUGUAGGGAGGAAAAGCUCAAGUGAUAGAUGUUGCCACGUGAAAAGAAAUGUGAUGCACAACUGUUGUUGGUGGGGUAUAGGCAGUUGUUUCAGUUACCAUCACCCAGAGGUAGUUACCAUGUGUUGCGAGCACAGAGAGCAUGGCUGAGUUUGACACAGCUUGACAUUGUAUGUGUGUCAUGAAGUGUGAAAGCAAGAUGGGCAGCCACCCAUUGGCAUUAGGAAACAUAGAUAAUUAUGGAUAAGCCUUGAUACUCAAAUAUGGCUUGUGAAGCAUAUGAUGUGUUCGUCAUUUUGAGGAAUAAAGUGGAAUUAAUGACUGAGGUGAUAUUUUUAGUCCCCAAACAAGAAAACAACAAUUAAUUGAAUGGCCAACAAUGUAAAUAAAUGAACAAACAAU